AUGCUCUUUCGCAUCGGGGCCAUGCUGUUGUGCGUCACGACGUCACGUGCCAUAUGGCCCCAACCGGCCGACAUGACUUCUGGGACCAAUGUUUUGUGGCUGGAUCCUGCUGCCAAAGCAACGUUUCGUUGUGAUGGAGCAGAGCUUGCAUUAUGUGACGACUUCCUCGGCUUCGGAAAUAACCGGCUGCUGAACCUCAUGAACGAUGCGUUUCAGUUCUUCCAAGACUUAUUGGACUGGUUUCCAUUUUCUCUUGGGAACAAAUGCGGCCAUGACGCCCAGUCCCCUCUCACUGAAGUCUCAAUUGUCCGAAGGGCAGUCCGUGAGACCAUCGCAUCAACGCACAAGUCGAGGUUCGUUCCAUGGAAGUUCCACAAGCGAAAGUCAGAUUUCGAACCUGGUGCAUCGGCUCCACGUCACUACCUUUCCACUCUGCAGAUAGUACAGAAUGGCUGCCCGGAAACAAGAACAUUCCAUCCGGCAACCUUUUUCGCCGGUGACGAAUCAUAUGAGAUAACUGUCGACAACGUAACUGCGAUUAUCAAGGCAAACUGCACGAUUGGAACAUUGAGGGGUUUGCAGACCUUUCAGCAACUCUUUUUUGCUCACUCGACUUUUUCGGGGUCAUAUCUGCCUCAUACACCUGUGAAGAUUGUGGACCGACCAAAAUGGCCACACCGAGGUCUGAGUAUUGACAUAGCUCGAAAUCCGUUUCACCCUCGAGAUUUGAUACGCACGAUCGAUGCGAUGUUUAUGGCCAAAAUGAACCGGUUGCACGUACAUGCCACAGACUCACAAAGCUGGCCCCUUGAGAUUCCCUCUCUCCCGGAACUUGCGAAACGGGGGGCUUAUCAACCUCAUCUUGUCUGGACAGCCUCCACCCUUGAAGAGGUCCAACGUUACGGAGCUCUGAAAGGAGUCUCCGUCUUCGUUGAGAUUGAUAUGCCUGGUCAUACAGCAUCCGUUGCUCAUGCUUACCCAGACUUAAUAGCCGCUUUUAGCGAGCUGGACUGGUCUACGUUUGCUGCUGAACCGCUUAGUGGGCAGCUCAAGCUGAACUCUUCUGCCGUCUUCAAAUUUGUGUCGGAUGUUCUCCAAGAUCUCCUCCCUCGGACCUCAGACUAUACUCGGCUCUACCAUUUAGGGGGCGACGAAGUCAACCGCGCAGCUUAUCUUCUCGAUGACACCGUCCGCAGCGAUGACCCUCAAGUUUUGCAGCCCCUGCUGCAGAAACUCAUUGACCACGUCACCGGAAUCGUUACCCAGCACGGCUUGCAACCUAUCGUUUGGGAAGAGAUGCUCUUGGACUGGAACUUGACUCUACCCUCGCUCCAAAAUGGCGAUCAAUCCACGAGCACGCUUGUCCAAGUAUGGCGCAAUAGUGAGCGCAUCGAGGAGGUGCUCAAAAGAGGUCAUCGAGCAAUAUUUGGCGACUAUCAUUACUGGUACCUUGAUUGUGGGUAUGGCAUCUUCCUUGACCCUUAUCCGACUGGCAAAUCACCUCCUGGUGUUCCUUUCAACACCUCGGGGGGCUCCUCUAGUAAACUGAAGCCUCCCUAUCUCGACUAUUGCGGCCCUUUUCACAAUUGGCGGCAUAUGUACAUGUAUAAUCCUUUGGCCAAUAUUAGCGACGAUCUUCAGCAUGGCAUUGAGGGCGGCGAAGUUCUCAUGUGGAGCGAGCAGACUGACUCUAUCGAUCUCGAUACAAAGCUGUGGCCUAGGGCGGCCGCAGCGGCGGAAGUGCUCUGGUCCGGGCUGAGGGAGGAGACUAUGCUCGAAGACGCCUCCAAACGAUUGGGCGAAUGGAGGGAAAGAGGUGUCACGGAUCUUGGAAUACGGAUGUCGCCGGUGCAAAUGACUUGGUGCCUGAUGGAAGGGGCUUGCAACCUGUAG